AUGGCGUCCUUCGAUGCGUUCGAGCUCCUCUCAGCGUGCUUGCAUCUGAGUGCAUUCGCCGGCGCCGUCAUCCGCGACGUCGUGCGCUCGGGCCAAGACCUCGACAUGGUCAACAAGGCCGACGGUGCCAUCGUGCACUUCGAUCCGCAGACGGUGGCCGACCGCCGGGCGCAGCAGCGCAUCGUCGAGUCGCUGCGCGGGCACUUUGGCCAGACGCUGCAGAUCGUGGGCGAAGAAGGCGUGCUCGAGCCGCCGGUGCCCGAGGACGUCACGACACCGCACACGACGCUCGUGGCUGGUGCGUACGCGGCGCUGGCGGCGGCCGACCUCAUUGUGUGGAUCGAUCCGCUCGACGGCACGCGCAAGUUCACAGAGCGUGCGGGGCGGCCGCUCGUUGGCGUCAUGCACCUUCCGUUUGUCGGCAGCCACGGCACGACGUACUAC